AUGCCGACGAUACAGCAGCCCGCGAAUCAGAUCAAAUUGACCAACGUGUCGCUUGUGAGAUACAAGAAGGGCAAGAAGCGGUUUGAACUCGCCUGUUACAAGAACAAAUUGCUAGAAUAUCGAUCAGGCACAGAAACCGACCUCGACAAUGUUCUACAAGUCCCAACCAUCUUCCUCAAUGCCUCUAAAGGCGAGACCGCUCCGAACGCGGAAUUGAUCAAGGCCUGGCCGAUUUCUUCGCAGCCUCAAGAAUCCUCGCACGGAAAGUCGGGCGGAAAAGGAGGAAAGAAGGGCAGAGGCAAGGCUGCUGCCACCGACGAAGGUGACGAUGAAAAGUCCUGGAAAGAUGCCAUUAUAGAAGAAAUCCUGAAGAAAGGCGAGAUUCAAGUGAAUGCCAGCGAGAGAAAAGAAUUAUUGGAGAGAAUGGAGAAAGAGAUCGUGGAAGAGGUGGUACAGAGACUUGUCGAUCCGCAAACAAAACGGGUGUAUACUACCGGCAUGAUCAAGAAGGGACUCGACGUUCUCUCAAAACAGGGCGGGCAUGCUCCAGUGCAGGACUCUCUGGGACAUAAACUAGGCAAACUAAAUCUCGAAGAGGGAGUUAAGAGAAGCUCAGGAGGACCAAAAGGUUCCAGCGACACCAGCGGCCAAGCGACACCGAUGACUGAUGACGACAACGAAUCAACGGGCAACGGAAAGGCUAAGAAGAGCGACAUGCCGAUGUGGACUGGCGUUGUGACGACCAAGUCAGUCAAACAACAGGCCCUGGAGGCAAUUCGGGCAUUGAUAGCCUGGCAGCCGAUUCCAGUCAUGCGAGCAAGGAUGAGGUUACGAAUUACUUGUCCCACCAGCAUUGCGAAGCAAAUACCAAAAUCCAAGAUGGCGAGCGCGGAUGACAGCACCGAUGGGGAGCAUGGUAAAGGAACCAUCAAGGACAGAAUCCUGUCGUUCGUCGAACAGGUUGAGAGCCAGGAGGUUCUGGGUGAAGAGUGGGAAGUCAUUGGCUUUGUUGAACCAGGUGCUUUCAAGGCCCUGGGCGAAUUCUGUUCUGCCGAAACCAAAGGCAGAGGAAGACUCGAGGUUCUGGAUAUGGCCGUUACGCAUACCGAUGAUUGA